GCCGCAGCAAUAAUGCGUGAGCUGCGCGUCUCCGAGGGUCUCGAGGGUUGGACCACGCGCGCUCCCGGCGAUAAUUCAUUCGAUUGAUGACGCGCGCACGAUGUGUCGAUCGCGCAUCUACCUCGUUUUCUCUCGAUGUCUCUCACGUCGCACACUCGCGAGAGUCUCGCGCGGCGUGUCUCGCCGCUCGGCAGACCGCGAUGCAUCCGGUAUUUUUACAGCGGCCUUCGAUCUCGCGAUCUUGAGAAACGAUCCUUGCUCCAGUCACGGCGAGGUCCUUGCUCCAGUCGCGACGCGCUUUACAUUUGGUCUCGCGGUUUGCCCCUCGAGCGACACCGUACGUGCGACAUUCUCGAUCGCGUUGAAUGCCACGUCGUCCAGCGUAGAUCUCUCGUUUGAUCGAUCGAUGUCUCGUGAUUCCUCGGCCUCGGCUCGGCCGGCGCGCUAUCCCCGAUCGCUCCGUCGUCUUCGAUCUUCGAUCUUUCGUCAACGGGCCGCGUGGAGACGCGCCUGCCUCUUCGCGAGCGUUCCGCCCGGCCAAUUCGAGGACCUCUUCUGCAAGGAUACGCUUGUCCUUGCGCGUAGUACCAGCACUACUCGCCCCCUCCACACUCUGGACACGCUCGGGAACGUACGUGUGAACGACGGCCACCGCCGGCGGCCAAGUAUAUUAGUCCAUAUCAGUGGGAGGUAGCAGGUAGUAGCUCUCUUUUAGCGUUUCAACGCUCGGACACUCAUUUCAUCCGCAAGCACGGACUACCGCGGCUCCAAGCGCCAUUAAAUGCCAACUUGCGAGUCGCGCUCCACACGGCUGGGCUGAGAAGACGCGCACGAGAAGCCAGGGAGCGAGAUCCCGAUCCUGCGCUUCUCACGACCGCGAGCCGGCACGAGGGGGUACGCUUUUACCGAGGGUAAUUCGUCGUGGGUCCUCCGUCAACCACCGUCGAGAGCCCUUGUGUCCAUGUUGUCGCAUUCGCCCGGCGCUCGAUCACACAUCGGAGACCUGGAGCGUCUCGCGCUCGCCGUCCAAAACUCCAUUCGCAAGAUCGACUCGCACGAAGGUGCCCUGGGACGAAGGACAACGGGAUGUCUCGCGAAUGUCGGUCAUAGGACAAGUCCGCGGGUAGCGCUCCUCGAGUGAAAGAUACAGCGGGAGAUUGUCUUGAAGUCCUGAUUGUACUGAAGCGACCGUUGAAUUUCUUCCGGGCUCGCCUUCGAUUCGUCCUCUCGCAGAGUUUUCGCGUUCCGUGAUCGUAAAGGACGUCGCGCGCCGAUCGUCACCCGCAGCUCUGUUGUCUACUGCGUGUUCGCACUCGUGAAAUCCAUUCUUCGUGGGCUUCUUCACGCUCGCGCCGUGAGAGAGAGAGAGAGAGAAACAUCAAGCGCAGCGCGAUUCGGAGCGUCAUAUUGGAGAUAUCCUUCGCGCGGAAGAAAGACGUCUCAACUCGGAUACGCUCUCGCAGGACUCAAAUGAGAAACGCCAUAUCCAAUUCACGAGUGAACGCAGGAUCCAACCCCGCCGACGAGCAGCAGCAACAGAUCAGUGCAGAAAGACUUCAGCCGGACCUAUCGAUCGACAGCAGCUGCACCGACUGCCUGACACUCGACGAGAUUUCCUGUAGGACACAUAGGCUCGAUAUCUGACUUCUUCAACCAAGGCAGCUUCACCUACACGCGCCGACAUCGUAGAAUGGUAGAAGGUGAACCCAAAACAAAGCGCGAUCAAAAGUGUGAUGUAAAAGACGAGCGGCUAAACGGUUGCGGUUCCAAGGACCUCGAACUCGCCCGUAUCGGAUUAAGGGGCAAGACUCUCGAUCCAGAGAAGGGAUCGUACGACAAAGCCGAUUUCGAGAAGGCCAUCGAGCUUAGCGAAUAUGGCAAGUUCCAUUACUUCCUGCUCGCGGUGUGCGGCUUCGUCAGCACCAGCGAGGAGAUGGACGUGAUCUCUAUGUCCUUCAUCCUGCCGAGUGCGCAAUGUGACCUGAAGCUCAACACCCAAGCAAAGGGAUGGCUCAACUCGAUCAUCUUCAUCGGGAUGAUGGCCGGCGCGUACGCUUGGGGAUCCGUGGCGGACGCGGUCGGCCGUCGAAAAGUCCUGAUCGCUAUCUCGUUCAUGAACGCUCUGUGCAUCGUCGCCUCUAGUUUCAGCCAGACGUACGAACUCUUCAUGUUUUUCCGCUUUCUGAACGGUGCGGCGCUAGGAGGUAGCGGACCGGUCAUCUGGUCGUACUUUGCCGAGUUCCAGCCGAAAUCCAAACGCGGCUCCAUGCUGUCCUUCAUGGCGGCAUUCUGGACACUGGGAAACCUCUUCGUGGCCGGCCUCGCGUGGUUGAUCAUCCCUAACGAGAUGGGUGUCACGAGCUCGUCGUUCACCUACAACUCUUGGCGAAUCUUCCUGCUGAUCUGCGCUGUUCCGUCGUUCGUUGUGACGGGGCUGCUUCUGCUAUUACCAGAAUCUCCCAAGUACCUCUUGUCCUCCGGCAAGUACGAGGAGGCGCUCGAGAUCUUUCGCAAGAUAUACGUCUACAACACCGGCAAGCCGAGUGACACUUACACGGUGAAAGAACUGAUUAUCGAUGACUUUCAAGAGUCGAGCCCGGCGAAGGCCGAAGUCGAAGAGAAGGGCAAAUGCAAGACCAUGCUGGGCGACAUCGUGGAGAACAGUCGGCAGCUAUUUGUAUCGCCGAUUCUCCGCUUCACGAUAAUCUCGAUCGUUAUCAAUUUCACCUUCCACAUCGGUUACUACGGCCUGAUGAUGUGGUUCCCGGAACUCUUCAAUCGUUUCGACGAAUAUCAUCGCGACCAACCGGGCGUGGUGGCUUCGAUAUGCCAGGUCACCGAUUACGUCGUUAACAAAGGCUCGCACAGCGUCGAGAACGUUUGCUCCAACAAGAUCGGAGCGUCCGUUUUCAUGGAGUCCCUUAUCACGGUGGCGUCCGCCAUACCCGCCAAUAUCAUCGCUGUCCUGGGGAUGGACCGUCUCGGGCGUAAAUUUUUCCUAGUGUUCAGCACGUUCUCAUCGGGAUUGUGCUCGGUCGGCUUAUACUUCGUGUACAACAAGUAUCAAAAUCUGAUCGUAUCGGCAGUCUUCAGCGGUGCGAUAAGCUGCGGCAACGCGGCGCUCGAUUGUCUCAUCACCGAGGUUUUUCCGACGCAACUGCGCGCAACAGGCAUCGCCAUUUCGAUGGUAGCCGCUCGUCUCGGCGGGAUAAUCGGUAACAUCGUCAUAGCGCAGCUUCUAGACAUGUACUGUCCGGCGCCGACUUUCAUAGUCGCUGCUCUCCUCAUUGGUGGAGGCUUGCUAUGUUUGUUUCUACCGAACACAACGCGCGAGCCGCUUUCCUGACCCUAGCGAAAGUCGAUCCCGGUCGACAACAGCAGUCUACGAUCAUAUACAUAUAUAUGUAUAUGUAUUUUUGUCGAGUACAAGCGUUGUCGAAUUUUGUAGAUCGAUCCUGAGUAUCGCUGCGAGUUAUAGCGUUGCAAAGUGAAAUUUGAAGACGCAAGAAUAUGCACAGUAGAACAUUAGAAUCUCCGCUGUAUGUAUUCGUAAGAAUCCCCAUCAUAAAAGAUGUAUUUUGUAAGAUAACGGAAUCUUUUUAUGCGAAAGUUUAGCUGAGCGAUGACGAGAUGAGAAUUUAGCGCUUAAUUGUUACCGUGUCAGUUUCAAAUGGUGAACGCAUUUGGUACGGACCGCUACGAUUAGAUGCCUUAAGAUUAAUUUUAUACAUAUACCAAAUAUUAAUUACAGAAUUUAGACACAGCAAUUAUAUAGUUUGAUUAAUCGCAAAAUAAGCAACAAGCAAGUAUGCAUUCUUUCCUUUGCGAUUCUCGAUCGGGGAUUCACUGGAAAGUAUUAUUGUUUUAUGUUGUUGCGUCCUGCACAAUUUGACGCUUAUUGAUCGAACGAAACAAUUUAAACGUAAGAAACAUGACAGUAAAGAUAAGGCGUGCGAUAGUAAAGAUAUGUACGUUUUGGCAGCAUUACCCACGCGUUUCCUUGCUUUUAUUCAUCUUACAUCGUAAAUUCGAUCGGUAUAAAAUCUUGGUCUUUUUUUAAUCUAAUAGUUAUAACACCUUCGUAUCAAAAUAAUUGAGUUCUCUAUGCAUGUACGUCAUCCACCUAUGCCGCCUAAAUAUUUUACGUUCUGUGGAGAUUCCACUGGAACCAAAUGUCUAGAAAUGACAACAGGUAUCAGAAAAACACAAUGUUGCUAAAAUAAGUUAGGUGCUUCCUUGGAUAUCAAUUUUCAAGAUUUUAGUUUGCGCACAAUAUAUGCAUAUUCUCAAAAAUAUUAGAAUCAAAAUUAAAACAUACUACUGGCGCAUUUUGUACACUGAUUCUCAGGACAGGAAGAUAAUAAAGAAAUAUAAAACUAG